CAUGGUGCUAAUUUUCUGAGGCGAGGUGGUGUCGUUCAGGAAGUACCAGGGGAAGGUGGUGCUGGUGCAGAACACGGCGUCGCUCUGAGGGACGACCACCAGGGACUUCCACCAGAUGAACCAACUCAAGGAGGAGUUUGGCGACAAGCUGGAGGUCCUCGCCUUCCCCUGCAACCAGUUCGGCCACCAGGAGAACACCACCGAAGGAGAGUUGCUGAGUUCCCUCCGUCACGUCCGUCCUGGCAAUAACUUCGAGCCCAAGAUGGUUAUGUUCGGCAAAGUGGACGUCAAUGGGUCAACAGCUGAUCCCGUCUUUAAGUACCUGAAAGAACGACUGCCGCUGCCAGCUGACGACAGUGUGAGUUUUAUGUCAGACCCAAAGUGCAUCAUUUGGACGCCUGUCUGCCGCUCUGACAUCGCUUGGAACUUCGAGAAAUUCCUCAUCGGCAAGGAUGGACAGCCCUUCAACAGGUUCAGCAAGAAGUACGAAACCCAACUGCUUAAAGAUGAAAUCGCAAAUUUGCUGUAAGUUUAAGAAACGGAAAAGAAGAAAGAUAUUAAAAAAAAGACCCGGUGAUCAAGAAACAUAAGAACAUGAAAA